AGGAAAGGCGACAAUAAGUAGGUGAAGGGGAGAUGCAGAGACAAGAGAGGAAUAAAGACUGCUAUUGGUGCUUUAUGAGAGCAAGCGGGAACAAGCAGUCAGGAGUUGGCGUAAAGAAGUGUUUGUUGUGUUAGAGGAAGGGCGAUGAUGGAUGGUUGGAGAGAACAAGAGGUGGAUAUGAAGCUGCUUAAGACUGAUGCUCCUGCAGACAAGCGUUCGUCGUCUGGCGGCAGAAUCUAUGGCACGCUAGAGUGACUGAGACCCUUUGGUGCCAGUCAGUUCUCAAAAACCACCGCCAGAAAAUGGUGAUGGCUGAGGUGAUGGCGCGCCGGCUUUGUGUAGUGUACCAGACAGCUGGGUUCGUAAGAUGGAUGGGGAAACCCGCUUUUCUUUUUUUGCAUUUCUUUUUGGGUUUUACAUUUAUUUUAUUUCUUUUGAAAAUUGUUUCUUAUUUUUAACCCUCUUUAUUAUUUCCUUUUUUAUGAUUGGGUUGUUGGGACGUUAUUUGUCUAGAUCCCCUUCUCUGCUGGCCCUUCCCUUAGAAUGUGCCUCUACAAUGGCUCGUCAUCCAUCAGUUUCACCGGAUGUUUCCAAACUGGCCCUACCAGGGUCAUUCUUUGUGCCAAAUCUAUUCAUCAUGCUGAGAAGAAUCCUGGUGAGUGUUUCUAGAACGCUGGGGGAAAGCUCCUGGUCAACUCUGGAGGGGGCCCUCCCCGUUUCUUCCUCGAGGCAGACCAUGUCCCUUUCGCGACUCGGGAUCUCAGGUGAUUUAGGCAGUGUUCCCCGAGCGUCGCAUUAUGCCUGGGUCCGUUAACGGACUCCUAAUUAUAAUCGCUAGCAGGCUGUGUUUCCUUAAUUUGGCGGCAUUCUGCCACUGGGGCGAAGGUA